AUGCUCCGCACCCAGGACAACACCCAGCGCGCAGGCUGGCAGCGCACGGGCUGGCAACCCGCCGCCGAGCCGUCGGUUCCACACCACCACCAAGUCAACACCCAGACCGGCAACCACCUCCCCACUGCCCCCCGCAACAACUCACCCGCUGCCCCCACCGCCCCCAACCAAGUCCCCUCGGUGGUCCAGUACCCCGGGUUUGACAUCAGUGAGGUGUACCAAGCCUUUGCCCGCGCCGCCACUUACCCCAUGUUCGAACAUGCAGGCCUCGCGCUCGAUGAGGACGGGUUCAUGCUGGGUGGUGGCGGCGCUGACGAGGCGGCCGUUGACGGCGGAGGCAUCCCGCCCCAAGAGCCUGCCGAGCAUGACGCCCUCCGCCUCCCCUCCCAGUCGCCAGCGUUCUCGGCCGCCCUCGCGACAGUCGGCUCGCCGGACAGCACGACCGACCUGUCCCAGUUUAGCGAGGACGGCACGGGCCUCGUCGACUCCGCAGCCGACGGUAACAACCUCGCCCCAACCCCCAGCGGCGGUAACCACGGGGCCUCAACCCCCAGCGACGGCGGCGACUCGACCGACUCGAACAAGACGCUCGUCUACUUCUCGGAUAGUGAGUACAUUGCCUCGCCGAUCGAGUCGCCCAAUUCCCAAGCGCGGUGGCACGCUGGCGCCGCUGCGUAUGUUCGAGGUGAUUUCGUUGCUGUGAAUGCCCUUCGCGCCAAUGUCGCUCGCGCUGCUGCUGUUCAAGAAGCUGCUCUUCACGCUGCUACCGUUCACGCUGCUGCCCUUCUAUGGGCUACCAUUCAGGCUGCCCAACGCGCAUUCUUCAGCACCUCCUUCCCGACCCAGGACGCCGGUGGCAUCCCUUCGCCGCCACCCGGGCAGCUCGGCGACAACGGCGGCGGCGCCGCUCCAGCACCUCCUCCCCUUGCGCACGCUCGUCCUGUUUUUCCUCGUGUCGCUGAAGUCCCCCGCCCAGACGCCCGAGUUCCCGCCCGCGAGCGCACCACACCACUACCUGGUCUCCGUCUCGACACCACCACGGUUGAGGUUGUGCUCGACACUCCCCGCCCCGUCGGCCCCGUCCACCGCGUCGCCGGAGUCUCCCGCCCCCAGCCCCUCGCUCAGCCCGCUCGUGUAGCCGUCAGGCCGUCGGUGGCAGCGUCGCUGGUCGCCCAGAUGGCCGAGCGCCACAACGCGGUGGCUGGACCCGGCCCCUCGACGAUGCAUAAUCGCCAGAGGAGGGAGUUUUCUUCCGCGCGCGGCGGUUCCCACGCUCCCCUCGUCGCUCCCGCCCCUGCCGUCGCUGCUGUCGUCCCUGCCGACAUCGACUUCGCAGCGGCGGGCCAGAUCGCCGCCACGAUGCCGGUGCCCGACUUUGAGGGCCUGCUCGCGCUCCGCCCCGAGCCCCCCGCGCCGUCGACGCGCGCGGUCAACCAGCCUGCGGUCUUUGUCGGCCUUGGUCCGGGCGGGGUCGUUACCCGUCUCGCGGAGGCGUCCGGCCAGCCGGCCCCCCAGCGCGCCCGCAUGGGCCAGGGCGACGACGCGCCCGACGGCCACGAGCGCGGCCGCACUGCGUCGCGCAGUGCCGAGGAGUAA